GUGUGCCUUGCGAUAGCUCAUUAUUCUCAGCCAACAGAUCUUCAGCUUCUCUUUGCAUUUGAGUACGUUGGCGAAAUAUAUCAUAAUCCAGCAAAGAAGGUGAAUGGAAUAGACCCGGGAGGUGGUGGUGGUGGCAGCGGCAGUGCCAGUGGUCAGCAGACACCUUUGUUUGAAACUUACUCUGAUUGGGAUAGAGAAAUCAAAAGGACAGGUGCCUCCGAGUGGCGAGUUUGUUCAGUCAAUGAAGGUUAUAUGAUAUCUACUUGCCUUCCAGAAUAUUUUGUGGUUCCAUCUUCCUUAGCAGAUCAAGACCUUAAGCUAUACUCCUACUCUUUUAUCGGGAGACGAAUGCCAUUAUGGUCCUGGAAUCACCCUAAUGGGAGUGCCCUUGUUAGAAUGGCCAACAUUAAAGAUGUCUUGCAACAAAGGAGAAUUGACCAAAGGAUUUGCAACGCUAUAACUCGAAGCCAUCCCCUGAGAAGUGACGUUUACAAAUCCGAUCUGGACAAGUGUCUCCCCACCAUCCAGGAAAUCCAGGCUGCACAUAUCAAACUCAAGCAGCUGUGUGUUAAUGAGCCUUUCGAGGAAACCGAAGAGAAGUGGCUGUCCUCCCUGGAAAAUACUCGCUGGUUAGAGUAUAUUAGAUCGUUUCUGAAGCAUUCUGCUGAGCUUGUGUAUAUGAUGGAGUGUAAGCACGUUUCUGUAGUUCUACAAGAGGAAGAGGGACGGGACCUGAGCUGCCUUGCUGCUUCUCUCAUUCAAAUCAUGCUGGACCCCUAUUUUCGAACAAUUGUUGGAUUUCAAAGCUUAAUACAGAAGGAAUGGGUCAUGGCAGGAUAUCAGUUUUUAGAUAGGUGUAACCACUUAAAGAGAUCUGACAAAGAGUCUCCUUUGUUCCUGAUGUUUCUUGACUGUGUUUGGCAGCUGCUGGAACAGUACCCAGCAGCCUUCGAGUUUUCUGAAACGUACUUGACCGUUUUGCACGACAGCGCGCGCAUCUCCCUGUUUGGCACUUUCCUUUUCAACUGUCCUCACCAGCGAGUAAAGGAGAGCACUGAAUUUGCCAUAAGCAAAAACAUUCAGCUGGGUGAUGAGAAAGGCCUCAGGUUUCCUUGCGUUUGGGACUGGUCCCUUCAGUUUACGAGCCGGGAUCGCCUGCUCUUCCACAACCCGCUGUAUGUUGGGAAGAGCGCACCGUACGUGCAAAACGGAGCAGUGAAAACUUUUAAACGCUCAAAGAAAAACUACAGCUCCACCUUGCGAGGUGCCCCACCAGCAUUAAAAAAUGGAAUCAUCAGUGAGCAAGAGUUCCUUCCAAGAAGAAACUCCCUGAUACUGAAACUGAAACCGGACUUGUUACAGCAAACAGAGAGUCAGAGUAACACCAUGGAGCAGUACUUCAGAGACUGGUUUGCAAAGCCUGCCGAUUUGCACGGCGUGAUUCUGCCCCGGACCUCCGGAACACAGAUCAAACUGUGGAAACUGUGCUACUUCCGCUGGGUUCCCGAGGCCCAGAUCAAUCACGGCGGCUUCAUCACUGCUUUUCGUAAAGUCUCCUUGCUGGUGGAUGAAGUAGACGCGUUGAACCGGAAUCUUCGGCAGUGCAAAAGCAACUCUUCUUCCCUGCAAGGCAGCUGCUCGGAACUGGAUCAAAGCAGGAUGUACUUCAGAGCAAACGGUUUAAGUGACACCUCGGGGGCCCCAGACUUUCUCUCCUCUUCCUUCCCAUUUUCUCCCGUAGGGAACCUGUGCAGGCGGAGCAUUCUGGGAACACCUUUAAGCAAAUUUCUAAGUGGUGCCAAAAUCUGGCUAUCCACCGAGACGCUGGCGAAUGAAGACUAAGAUACGAUGUGGUGGUUUCAAGUUUUGGGGGGAGAAUACAGCAGAUCACUUUGUCUUUUCUAACUUAACACUGCUAAAUGCGGCAUUAAAAGCUGUAAUGAUUUUUAUAUACAAACAUUACGUAAGUUUUGCACAAAUAUUUAAAAGCAAAGCGAGUCAUGCUUCAAAUCGCACAAUUUUGUCUGCGGUAGUUUUCAUCUGCCUGGGCUUCUGGUCCCUAAUUCCCU